UAAAAAGGUAUAGCGCAAAAGCGCAAGUUUUCAUGCGCAGUGAAAACCCGUCGAAUUUUCCUGGUCGAUCGUGGUUCCAUUUAGUUUUUCAGCUGAUCGCGCUUUCCACGGCCGUGUCGCAGACUGUCCCGGUGUGUCAUGUGCGAAACUGUCGCAGCGUAGUGAAAUAGUCGAGUGUUUGUGAUUUGUGUAGUUUUCGGGUUAGCUAGUGGCAGUGAAAAUGUUUUCAGGACUUACUAAUCAGGUUAGUUCGUGGAUGGGGGCCGCAAAAGGGGAGCCCCAGGACGAAGAAGUCCCGACCCCUACGAAGGAAGCGACAGGGGAGCCGACGGCGGAAGGCGAAAGACAGAGCCCAACAAAAGGAGCCAGCAAGCUCGAGCUCCUCACAAACGUACAGUCCAAAAUGACCGGCUGGCUCGGAUCCGGAAUCCCGAUUCCGGGCCUCCGGAAAAACGAGGCGUCCGCCGACGCCGCCGAGCCGGCCCCGGAGCCCGCGGAGCCCGUGGAGCCCAAACCUGAGAAGGAUGAUGAUGAUAACUCUAGGUAUAAUAGCGCUACCGGGGGCGCCGACAGCAGACCUGCCUCCACCGGAGGUACCCCUACUGAGGAGCAGCCUCAGGGCGUUGGGAACGAAAGCUCCGGCAAAAAAUUAUUAUCAAUUGACGCCAUCGAAGUACCUGAUAUGCAAGAGCUGACGACGAAGGCAGUAGCCGGGGCCAAGUCCCUCGGCAACUUCCUGUAUUCCGCCGUGAACAAGGCGGGCGCCAAGGUCAGCGAGGCCAGCGCCAAGAUCAAGAAGACCGUCGAGGAAAACAGCAUCUUGGGCGAGUUCAACAAGGAGCAAGACGCGUUCAUCAAGGGGCAGGCGGGCAGCGGCGCCGCGGCCGUCGCGCCAUGGGUCGGAGCGCCCAACGAGGCCGCGCUCAAGGAGGAGUGCCUGUCGCUCUCCACCGACCGACGGAACUUCGUGCGCGCGCCGCCUGCCGGCGUGGAGUUCGAGUUCGACUACGACAAGAUGUACCCUAUAGCCACCGCCAUCAUGGCCGAGGACUCCAACCUCGAGAAGAUGCGCUUCGACCUCGUGCCUAAAGUCAUCACGGAGGAGAACUUCUGGCGGAACUACUUCUACCGCCUGUCGCUGAUCUGCCAGGCCAACGAGGCCGACGCGGUGGCCGCCGGCUCUCGCCAGGCCAGCGCCGACGACUCCCAGGCUUAAGCAACGCAUGGACUCCGGGGCAUCACAUAUAACACCAUUGCACGGUUCUUAUUCACUAUAGGCUCUAUGACAAGUAUAUAUGUAUUAUAGGUAGUGUUACUCUGUACCACGUAUCAGCUCCGUAACAUCAAGUAUCAUAUCUCUAUUUAUAUUUAUUUAUAUCAUCGUAUUUUUAAAACAUACUGUUUGAAGCGUGGGGUGUCACUGAUGUGUAACUAUUGAUAUGGAUCUCGGAUCGAGAGAGAUAACAAUUAUGUUUGAUAUGAUCUAGCCAAGGUGGAAAUGUAAGAUUUUUAUAAGUGACAUCCCUUACUUAGUACUGACUGGGUAUACUAAAAGCAGAACGUUGACUCUGAAGUGCUCUAAAUCCAAAAUGUCUAAUGCUUAAUUUGUUCGCGGACCGUAUGCGGCAUUUUGUGAGUAAUAAAGUCCAGUACACCAUGUUUUGUAUAGGAGUGCCACACAGCAAGUUGCCAAAUGCACCAUAUGUGGAAACACGAACUGCCAGAAAGUAAGCCAGGAGUAAGAAAUUUUCGGACAGAUAAUAUUUAAUACCGGAGUCAUUUAGUUAUGCUUGUAGGUAAACCCAGCCAGUGGUACGGGCCUAAGAAGAGCCUUAAGAAUAUGAAUAGAACCGGCAAUCAGUCGAGCCUUCGACGCGAAGUGUACUUGCGAUGUUAGGCUCUUCUCGUGUAAGACUCCGUUUGGUCGAAUAAUGCCAUUGGUUCGUUUAACAUUGCCACCGUAAGUGAAAUCUCUUGCUUAUUUGUCACUUGGGGUUACGACUUCAAUAAUGUUUAUUAAUUUCUAUAUAUAUCUGACAGUGUAUAAAGGAACAUACUUUAAAUGUAAUUACUUAAAUAUAUUGAACCCGUUAUGGUACAUUCUGAAGUUAUUAUUGCAAACACAAUUUGGACGGCGUGUAUGUAUUAAUGACUUUUAGUGAACAAUCAAAGAAUUCGUCUAUCAUUAUUGCAUUGGUAGUACCAAAGAUUUAAAUUAUUAAGUAUAGUAGUUUAGGCACAUGUACUUUUGGUAUAAUUUGAAGUUAUUAAUUUGUAUUUAUUUGUGUUUACGCUUAAAUGUUAGCAUUUGAACACAUACUGACGUUUAAAUGCGCUUUAGUGUAAAUAAAUAAUGUGAGUUAUUCGCAAAAGAAACCAUGUAACUGCGAUAGUAGUAAAUGGCAUUAUUCCACCGAACCUCUCACUGUUUCACUGUUAAUCCUAUCACUCUAUGAUUUAUGCAUAUAUAAAGAAACUAUUGCUGUUCGAUUGUUUAUAUUAUAUGAUAUAUCAGCUCCAUAUCUCACCGUUGUUAUUUAUCAUCAUAUAUAAUGAAUGUUAUGACAAUAUCGCUUGUCCCGCCGGACGUAACUGUAUAUAUUGUCGUGUCUUUAUAUAUCACCUGUUGUAUCACAUUAAAUAUAUAACUAGCUCUAUAUUUCAAUAGCUACAUAAAAAUACUACAUAAAAUUUUAAAAAAGCUAUUGAGGUAUUCGAACUGUAUACUUGUCUAUCAAAUUUUCAAUGGAACCUAUUUUAAUGUCUACUGAAUGUUAUAUAUAUGUCUAAGUAUUAUUAAUUCUUGUACUAAGGUUCUAUAGCUCCGUCACAGUCUAGUACCGCUCAGUAGUUCGACUAAGUUUAUGGUUUUGACAUUGCUACCCGAUUUUAAACUUUACGACAUCGCUUCAAACUCUGUUUUGCCUUGACGUGUGCUUUUUGUUCUGCUUGCUAUUCUCAAAGUUGGUCUGAUUUCGACGUGUAGCAAUGUUGAAACUUUAUUUUUUGUAAAUAUGAAGUGUUGUCAGUUUUUCGAAGGGAUCGCAUUACAGCCCAGACACUGAGAAGGGUUACUUUCGCAUGUUCGCUUGUCUCUCUCUAACACUUGAGAAUGUCAUUGUGGCCCUGUUAUUACGAGACAUAGUCUACCUACCGCCUCUAUUACUCGAUUAUUACAAGAGGUAUAGAAAUGUUGAUAAUCGAUUUCGAAGUAUAGUUGAAUGUGAAGCGUGUUCUUAUAAUAUCAGACUUGUAAAGCUUUGUGAGAUCGAGAUGCGAGUCUCCGAAAGUGACCCGUCGUAGCCGCGACAUAUCACUUAUGUGUCAGUCAAUUAAAAUAACUGCCUCUAAACUUUCAAGGAUACUAAACAUGCUGGCAACACACCCUUCCGUGUUUCUUUUGUAAUAAAAUAUUUACAAAUAGACUAGGUCGUUACAUUGUAUCUGAGAUAUCCAGUGUAAUUACAUUUGUGUAGAAUAGUUGAUAUUGAAGUAAAAAAUCAUCUAUUUAUAAUAGUUAUAAGGACGGGGGCUAUGGGGGCGCUGCCUUUUGCAUUUGAGUUUACUAUGGUUGCAUUUGACAAAAAAACACCAAAUAAAACAAAAAAAAACAAGUCA